AUGACUGCGGCAGAGGGAAGCGAGGGCACGGCGAUCAGGAGGGCGGUGAAGCGGCUAAGCUUCGGGGCGUCGUGGGAGGAGAAGGCUGAGGCGGCGGUGGAGGUCGGGAGGCUGGCUCGAUCCGACGAACGGACGAAGCGGGCGCUCCCGGAGCUCGGCGUCGUGCCGCCGCUCCUGUCCAUGCUCGUGGACGAAGGAAGCACCGGCGCGCGGAUGGCCGCAGUCAGGGCGCUGCUCGAGCUCGCCAGAGGAACGCACAGAAACAAGGUGCUCAUAGUGAAGGCCGGCCUGCUCAAGAAGCUGCCGCUGCUCAUGGCCGACAGGGACGUGGCAAGAAGCCACGACCUCGCGCUCCUCCUCCGUUCCGUUUCAUCGCUCGCCAACACCGACUUCCCGCUCUCCUCCGCUGACCUCCUCCCCUUCCUCGUCGCCACCCUCAGCGGCGCAGCCGACGACGUCCCGGCCGACACGAGGCUUUCAUGCCUGGCCGCGCUCGGCAACCUCUCGGCCAACCUCGAGCACGUCCGUGCCGUGGCCGCUAGUGGCAUCGUGCGCGCUCUGUUCACGCUCUCCCUGGACGAGGCAACGUCGGAGGCGGCGCUGAGCGUGCUCGCGGACGUGGCGGCGGCGAGCGCGGCUGGGCGGCGGGAGAUGGCGAAGGAGGAGGCGGCGCCAGGGGCGCUGGUGGAGGCCGUGGCGCGGCACGAGAACGCGCGGUGCCAGGAGCACGCGACGUACCUGGUCAUGGCGCUCGCACACGGCGGUGGUGACGCCGGACGGGAGCUCAUGCGGCGGAUGCGGCAGAUCGGCGCCGUGCAGGCGCUGCUCCAGGUGUCGCUGCUCGGGAGCCCGCUGGCUCAGAGCAGGGCGGCAAAGAUCCUGCGUUGGUUUAAGUGCGACGGGCAGGACAGAAUCAGGGCGCACUCCGGCCCGCGGACUGAAGCCACGCCGUUGUGCCAUGGCAGCGACGGUGAUUGCGACGACGGGACGAAGCCUUGCCAGAACGCCGUGGACAGGAUAGUGAAGCAGAGCCUCGACAGGAACAUGAAGUGCAUCAUGCGGCGAGCCACGGCGUCGGUGGAUAUGACUGCACAUGCUGCUACUAAGCUGUUGGUGGCGAGCUCUAGCUCCAAGAGCUUGCCUGCCUGAACUUGUAUGCAAAAUGUUGAAUUCGUGUGGAGUUCAAAUUGCUUAGAUUACUAGUUGUUGUGGCUAUACUCUUGCUGGUGUAAAAAUGUUUAGACAUAAAC